CUCGCCCUCGUCGACGGCAUCCGCCUGCUCCCCGGCCGGAGCCAGGAAACGGCAGCGAAACCGACGACGCCUCGUUCAGUAAUCCUUGUCGAAACGACCCAGCGUCCGCCAAAUCCAUUCCUACCGAGACGGGACAAGAGUUGAACAAAAGUCGACUACGAGGAAGCGGCCAGAACGACGGGCGAACGAGAGCCAGAGGGAAUGUCGUCUCUUGACCAACACUCCCCCGAAGCUUCCCGACCGUCGUCCCCAGAGUAUGCUGCAUCGCCCUACGGCCUCGCUGCUGCCAACGCCCAAAUGCACGACUCCGUAGCAGUGACCCCGCUGCACCGAUGGACUCUCCACGCCUCCGACUCGCAGUUCAACGCCCUCGCCGGCGCCAUCGGCGGCUUCACCUCGGGCAUCGUCACCUGCCCACUCGACGUCAUCAAGACCAAGCUGCAGGCGCAGGGCGGCCAAAUCUUGGUCGAGAAGGGUCGCCAUGUCGGCCACCCCAAGAUCUACAACGGCCUAGUCGGCACCGCCAGUGUCAUCUGGCGCGAGGAGGGCAUCCGCGGGCUGUAUCGCGGGUUGGGGCCCAUUGUCAUGGGAUACCUACCGACGUGGGCUGUGUGGUUCACCGUCUACAACAAGAGCAAGGGCUGGCUGGGGGGCUACUAUGACAACAACCAUGUCAUCAACUUCUGGUCCUCCAUAAUCGCCGGCGCCAGCAGCACGAUCGUCACAAACCCGAUUUGGGUCAUCAAGACCCGGCUCAUGUCACAGAGCAACAUCCAUUCUCGAUCCCAAAACGAGUCAUUCUUCCCCAAGCCCGGUAGCACCCCCACGGCGCGGCCGACCCUACAAGCGCCAUGGCAUUACCGGUCAACAAUCGACGCUGCCCGCAAGAUGUACACAUCAGAAGGCAUCGCCUCCUUCUAUUCCGGCCUGACACCAGCCCUGCUCGGCCUAACACACGUAGCAGUCCAAUUCCCGACCUACGAAUUCCUCAAGACGUCGUUUACGGGGCAGGGCAUGGGUGAGGCGCCUGCCGAGGGCGAGGCGCAAUGGGUGGGCAUUCUUUCAGCCUCGAUUCUCUCCAAGAUUCUUGCCAGCAGUGCAACAUACCCUCAUGAGGUCAUUCGGACUCGACUACAAACCCAGCGACGUCCCGUAGCGGGAGAGCAAUUCGUCCAGGGAAUGGGCGUCACACCCGGCCGUCCUACUCAACGAGUGCCAAUAGAGCGCCCCAAGUACAGGGGCGUGGCGAGUACCUUCCGGACGAUCCUCCGUGAGGAGGGCUGGAGGGCAUUCUACGCCGGACUGGGGACCAACAUGAUGCGAGCCGUUCCUGCAGCGACCGUCACCAUGUUGACAUAUGAAUAUGUCAUGGGACACCUAAACAAGACGAGGGCCGAGGCACGAAUGUUGUUACUUGGAGAAACUCCAGAGCCGUAAAUACAGAGGCAGAGUCGAACAUGAUACACGCAAGAUGGUAAACGAGGAGAAGUUUCUGAAGACUAUGGGGUUGUACACAUUGAUUCAUACGGAAUGGGCUUGGGGG